GGGGGGAGGGAGGAGCCAACGGCUCUUGUUAUCGAGAGGGCGCCUCAUUCGCCUCACGGCACGCAGGGAGAGCGGUCGGUGGUCCGUCCGUCGCCUCAGCUGAAGGAGGGAAGGCAGGCAGGAAGGCAGGCAAGGCAAGAGAGCGGCUAGGGGGAGGAAGGCACGGUCCGAAGAGGUCGUCGUCGUCCUCCUCCUCGCCUCCCUCGGCGGUGCUGCUGCUGGAGACGGGCUAAGGAGGGCGAGGUGGCAUCUUGGAGGUCCGGCGGACAAACGGCCAGAGUUGCCUCACAUCAUUGAAAAGGAUUUAUUUGGCUGUUACCAGAGCUGUGAUGAACCACUUUUUUGGAUGAGCUCUUUUUGCACUGAAUCUGGACUAUUCUGGCCUGAAUACAUUUUUUUAUUUUAAGGAAUUCUUAGAGAUACCUUGCCUUUCGACUGCAGAGCAAAAAUCCAACAGCAACCCACUUUCGAGCUGGGUAUAUCAAGACAGGACCCCUAACCCAGGAUCACGAUCCAGAUGAAUGGAGCAGACCAGUCUGUCACCAAAAGGAGACCCAGUUCUACUAUGACUGCCGAGGAGGGAAGGGUUCAUGUUGGGGAGGGGUCUGAAACGCAAGCUGAGUGAUUAUGAAGAAAACAUGGCUGGUGUGUCAAGUGCCUUUGAUUCCAGUCGCAACCUGCCAUAUCCACUCAAGAGGCAGCUGGUGCUCAAUGUAUGCCUCGCCAAACUUCAGAUGUACAAGAUGCUGGUGGAGCCUAAUUUGCACCGCUCUGUCCUCAUAGCCAACACUGUCCGGCAAAUCCAAGAAGAGAUGAGGCAAGAAACCAGCCAGCACCUUGUUAAUAUGUGUGGCGGUCUCAGCACCAGCCCAUCUGGUUACCUGAAUUUGGAUUUGUUGGGCAUGCCUUCUCAGUUUUUCCCAGGCACAAAUCAGCAGGAAUCAAGUGGUUAUGAAGCACGGCCGAUGGAAGGCCCCAUGGAAAAUAGCUUGUUGAUGGUUUCUGAUAAUGAUAUGUCAUCAGCUAUUUCCUCUAUCCUGAAAGAUUUGGAUUUCAUGGAAGAUGUAAGUCCCCCUACAUACCUUGCUGCGUCUGGAGAUGAUCAGUCAAAGGCUUCAGAAACGCCGUGUCCGAGGCUAGAAGAUGAGAGACAAGAUUUGAAAGGCGUAGAAUGUGCAUUUGGAUCCUUUGAAAUUUCAAACUCAACCAGUUACUUGAAAGACUUGGCUAUCGAUGACAUCUUUGAAGAUAUUGAUACUUCGAUGUAUGAUUCAGACUUUGACUGCCCCCCACUGGCUCCUUCGAGAGCCUUGCCUGUGGUGAGCACGGAGGAAAUCUUCAAAACCUUCCCCUCUUGCAACUCAUCAUCAGCAAGCAACAUCCCAAUAGGUAGAAGUGAUCUUAGUGAUUUGGACCAUAUCAUGGAGAUACUUGUAGGAUCAUGACACUUCUUUAAAAAUCCAAAGAUUACUUGUUCCAUGCUGCCACACAGUGUUGGUCUGAAGACAACCAGAAAGCAGGAGGAAACAAGCUGCAACACGAUAGGCCAAAUAGCAGCUAGAGGCAUUAUCUUUGAGUGGUUCUCCAAAACUCACAUAUAAACCAAAAAAUGGCAUGCUGUCAUAUAUAAAAUGUAGUAUUUAUUAAAUCAAUUGUGCAAUCAUUCAUUUUGUAGUUCUUCUGGGAUAUAGUGAGGAAUGUGUCCUUUGCAACAGCCUCUUUAUUCCCAAAGUUCUUAAUUUUAAAAAUGUGCAAUUUUUAAUCUGUCAGAAGAAAUUUGCAUAACAGCAAUUUUCAUAAGAGGAAAACAUCAUCUGAAUUCUAAAGAUUCUAUUUUUAAUAUUUAAUAUUAAAUUUUUCAUUGGCAUUCAGUGGAGGUCUGUUCUCAGAUUUACAGCCCUUGUAAAUACCAAUAUAUUUUAAAAAUAUUUAAAGAUUACAGAACUCUUCCCUUUUGUUGAAGGAGCAAUUACAUGCUUGGCGGCAAAACAUUUUGUAAAAUAUUUGAAGCUAUUUAUUUUUGUAAAUUUUAUAGUCUUUUUACAUUUUAGUACAUUGCUCUAAUUUGGGUCUGAAGGUGAAUUUCUAGUUGGAUGUGGCUGGCACUACCUCUAUAAGCAGAAAUGCUUUAACUCUUUCCAGUGCUUUGUCUUACACUGCAGUUCUUGGUUUUCUUGGACGGUGUUUCUGGUGGUAUAAACGAGAAAUUUGCCAGCAAUACAGCUUCUUUGUGGAAUUUUAUGGUAUUUAAUUGUACACAUUAUAAAUGUAAUUUAUAUGUAUAUUGUCCAAUUUUAAAGCUGUGUCAGUAUUAUGUGCAUCAAUUUUGGGUUGAUAAUGAGUUUUUAAAUUUUUAGUAUUUACUGUACAGGUAGAACUAUUUUAAACCCUGAAGAACAUUGUAUCUUUGCAAGACAGUUUAAAAUUUUAUGUGCAAUAUAUCACUUCAAUGGAACAUUUACACAUAAAUGUAAGGAAAUGCAUCCAAAUGAUGGGCACAAACACGCCAGAUAGCAGAGUAUUUGAUAUGUGCUUGGUUUGCUGGCUAGUCAGCCCUGUAAAAAUUGAAUGGGACUCAUCUAAGAACACAGCUUUUAUCUUGCACAAUUCCCUUUCAUUUGAAGGAAUAUCACUGCAAUAUGUUGGAGAUUAUGUGUUUUCAUGACUGUUUAUUCUUUUCUUACAUGAGAAACUGAGCAAACUGCAACAUCACCACAGUGGUGGAUUUAGGGAUCUGCCUAGCAGCUGUUGCAUUGUAAAAAUAUACAUGUUGGUUUUCUCACACCCUAAAAGAAGCUAGACAUCAGAUCCUAGCAUGUGAGAGUGUUUGUUGGGAGCCUUAUAACCCAGUAAUGUUGCCCAUAAGAACUGAUCUAUCCCAGCUUUCAUUGGAUUGAAUUCUAUUGCUAGUUUCUAUUAAAGUGCCCGUUGUCAUAUGGUCAGUCAUCGCAUAACUUCCACUGAUUCAACGGGUCUGCUUUACUUAAGAGCUACCACUGUGGUUGAGCUUAUUGCUUGGUGAUGCCAGGUGGCCUUAGACAGUGUUGUGUCAGGUCUUGUGGUAGCUGGUGGUUGCUGUAUUCAUUUCCCCAUAAUGCAGUGCUCUGAGCACCUGACCUCUUGGGUGAGGGCAGUAUGGAUGAGUGAAAAGGCAGGCGAAGUCAUUGAUUGGAUAAGUGGUUGUAACUAGUUGGAAAUAUAUAUCAACUUAAUGGAAAUGUUUAACCCAAAACUUCCUGAACUACAGUAAGCCUUUCCACAUUGUUGGUGUUUGGGGCACACGGGCCCCGCAUGAAAGUGGAAAAAAAUGAAUAAAAUGUUGCAUUUUAAGCAGAAAAAAAAUGUAUUUCUAGGAAUGUCUAGGUCCGAAAGCAGAGUGGCUCAAGAGCAGUGUUAUUUGGGAUAAAAACUGUAGCUUGGAGAAGUUACUUGGUUGUUACCAAUAUCAAAAUAUGACUAACGUAGACAAGAUCGGGAGCUCCAUAGACAAGUGGAAAAAUUGGUUGUUUAGAUAUGGCAGGUUCUGUUACAACUGUCCUUUGUUUACCAUUCAUUUUCUACAGUACUCCCAUUUGACUUUUAGGGGGGAUCCACCAAGCUUAAGUAGAAUCUUUAAGAAGCAAACCCUAAUUUUAAAAGUAGCAAAAUAUGGUCUUUGAUCAUAACCUGAAAUAUUUUCAUUAAUUUAUCUAGCUCUUCAUGACUGAGCCAGAUCUCACAUUUAGUACAAAAUCAGUCCUGUUUUGUUGGCUCAACGCAGACCUUGGCAUUGGCAGUUCAAAUGUAUUUUAUGUGACAGAAAUCAUAGUAGCAGACCUUUGGGCAAAGGUUUGCCCAUCUUUGGCAUAAAGGGAUUAGGUAGAAGGAAUGUAUGCAGAUUGUGCAUAAACGCUACUUUGUAUGUUUUUAAAAAAUAUUGAAGAUGGUAAGAGCCUUCUGCACUGUGAUGAAGCAGACUUACGGUUAAAAAGAAUAUUUUUAAAAUUCCUAUGAUAAUAAAUAUUUCAAUCUAA